AUGAAAAAGACAAGAAUAAGUCGAUUGGUAUUGAUACGAAAAGAAUUACUGACACUCUUUUCUAUCUAUCUAUCUAUCUAUCUAUCUAUCUAUCUAUCUAUCUAUCUCACUAUCUAUCGAUGCAAGUCUCUUCAUAUCUAUCUAUCUAUCUAUCUAUCUCAGUUUUUUCAUAUCUAUCUAUCUAUCUAUCUAUCUAUCUAUCUAUCUAUCUCAGUCUGUUCAUAUCUAUGUAUGUAUCUAUCUAUGUAUCUAUCUAUCUCAAUUUGUUCAUAUCUAUCUGUCUAUGCAAGUCUCUUCAUAUCUAUCUAUCUAUCUAUCUAUCUAUCUAUCUCAGUCUGUUCAUACCUAUGUAUCUAUCUAUCUCAAUUUGUUCAUAGCUAUCUAUCGAUGCAAGUCUCUUCAUAUCUAUCUAUCUAUCUAUCUAUCUAUCUCAGUUUUUUCAUAUCUAUCUAUCUAUCUAUCUAUCUAUCUAUCUAUCUAUCUAUCUAUCUAUCUCAGUCUGUUCAUAUCUAUGUAUGUAUCUAUCUAUGUAUCUAUCUAUCUCAAUUUGUUCAUAUCUAUCUGUCUAUGCAAGUCUCUUCAUAUCUAUCUAUCUAUCUAUCUAUCUAUCUAUCUAUCUAUCUAUCUAUCUAUCUAUCUAUCUCACUAUCUAUCGAUGCAAGUCUCUUCAUAUCAUCUAUCUAUCUAUCUAUCUAUCUAUCUAUCUAUCUCAGUUUUUUCACAUCUAUCUAUCCAUCUAUCUAUCUAUCUAUCUAUCUAUCUAUCUAUCUAUCUCAGUCUGUUCAUAUCUAUGUAUGUAUCUAUCUAUGUAUCUAUCUAUCUCAAUUUGUUCAUAUCUAUCUGUCUAUGCAAGUCUCUUCAUAUCUAUCUAUCUAUCUAUCUAUCUAUCUAUCUAUCUAUCUAUCUAUCUCUCAGUCUGUUCAUACCUAUGUAUCUAUCUAUCUCAAUUUGUUCAUAGCUAUCUAUCGAUGCAAGUCUCUUCAUAUCUAUCUAUCUAUCUAUCUAUCUCAGUUUUUUUCAUAUCUAUCUAUCUAUCUAUCUAUCUAUCUCAGUCUGUUCAUAUCUAUGUAUGUAUCUAUCUAUGUAUCUAUCUAUCUCAAUUUGUUCAUAUCUAUCUGUCUAUGCAAGUCUCUUCAUCUAUCUAUCUAUCUAUCUAUCUAUCUAUCUCAGUCUGUUCAUACCUAUGUAUCUAUCUAUCUCAAUUUGUUCAUAGCUAUCUAUCGAUGCAAGUCCUCUUCAUAUCCAUCCAUCUAUCUAUCUAUCUAUCUCAGUUUUUCAUAUCUAUCUAUCCAUCUAUCUAUCUAUCUAUCUAUCUAUCUAUCUAUCCUAUCUCAGUCUGUUCAUAUCUAUGUAUGUAUCUAUCAUGUAUCUAUCUAUCUCAAUUUGUUCAUAUCUAUCUGUCUAUGCAAGUCUCUUCCACAUCCAUCUAUCUAUCUAUCUAUCUAUCUAUCUAUCUAUCUAUCUAUCUAUCUAUCUCAGUCUGUUCAUACCUAUGUAUCUAUCUAUCUCAAUUUGUUCAUAGCUAUCUAUCGAUGCAAGUCUCUUCAUAUCUAUCUAUCUAUCUAUCUAUCUAUCUCAGUUUUUUUCUAUCCAUCUAUCUAUCUAUCUAUCUAUCUAUCUAUCUAUCUAUCUAUCUAUCUAUCUAUCUCAGUCUGUUCAUAUCUAUGUAUGUAUCUAUCUAUGUAUCUAUCUAUCUCAAUUUGUUCAUAUCUAUCUGUCUAUGCAAGUCUCUUCAUAUCUAUCUAUCUAUCUAUCUAUCUAUCUAUCUAUCUAUCUAUCUCAGUCUGUUCAUACCUAUGUAUCUAUCUAUCUCAAUUUGUUCAUAGCUAUCUAUCGAUGCAAGUCUCUUCAUAUCUAUCUAUCUAUCUAUCUAUCUAUCUCAGUUUUUUCAUAUCUAUCUAUGUAUCUCUCUAUCUAUCUAUCUAUCUAUCUCAGUCUGUUCAUAUCUAUGUAUGUAUCUAUCUAUGUAUCUAUCUAUCUCAAUUUGUUCAUAUCUAUCUGUCUAUGCAAGUCUCUUCAUAUCUAUCUAUCUAUCUAUCUAUCUAUCUAUCUCAGUCUGUUCAUACCUAUGUAUCUAUCUAUCUCAAUUUGUUCAUAGCUAUCUAUCGAUGCAAGUCUCUUCAUAUCUAUCUAUCUAUCUAUCUAUCUCAGUUUUUUCAUAUCUAUCUAUCUAUCUAUCUAUCUAUCUAUCUAUCUAUCUAUCUAUCUCAGUCUGUUCAUAUCUAUGUAUGUAUCUAUCUAUGUAUCUAUCUAUCUCAAUUUGUUCAUAUCUAUCUGUCUAUGCAAGUCUUUUCAUAUCUAUCUAUCUAUCUAUCUAUCUAUCUCAGUUUUUUCAUAUCUAUCUAUCUAUCAAUCUAUCUAUCUAUGCAAGUCUCUUCAUAUCUAUCAAUUUAUCUAUCUAUCUAUCUAUCUCAGUCUGUUCAUAUCUAUGUAUCUAUAUAUUUCAGUUUGUUCAUAUCAAUCUAUCUAUGCAAGUUUCUUCAUAUCUAUCUAUCUAUCUAUCUAUCUAUCUAUCUCAGUCUGUUCAUAUCUAUGUAUCUAUCUAUCUCAGUUUUUUCAUAUCUAUGUAUCUAUCUCAAUCUGUUCAUAUCUAUCUAUCUAUGCAAGUCUCUUCAUGUCCAUCUAUCUAUCUAUCUCAGUUUGUUCAUAUCUAUCUAUCUAUCUAUCUAUCUAUCUAUCUAUCUAUCUAUCUAUCUAUCUAUGCAAGUCCUUUCAUAUCUAUCUAUCUAUCUAUGCAAGUCCUUUCAUAUCUAUCUAUCUAUCUAUCUAUCUAUCUAUCUAUCUAUCUAUCUAUCUAUCUAUCUAUGCAUGUCUUUUCAUUUUUCAUAUCUAUCUAUCCAAGUCUUUUCAUAUCUAUCUAUCUAUCUAUCUAUCUAUCUAUCUAUCUAUCUAUGCAUUUUUUUUCAUAUCUAUCUAUCUAUCUAUCUAUCUAUCUAUCUAUCUAUGCCAAAACAUACAAAUGGCCUUUAUUGCUUUUUUCCUCAUUAA